AUGGAGGUGCCUGCCUCCCUCCCCACGCCGCCCUCCGACUCUGACUCGGAUCCAGACGGCUCAGGGGAAGAAUCUGUCCCCGCCGACCCAGAGCAAUGGGAGCAGAAGGACGUGGUGCGCUGCGUGCGCUGGGUGUCGCGCACGUUUAGCGUGGCCGCCCCGCGCCGCCACCUGCUGCCCGCCUCCGGCCGGGGGCUGCUCGCUCUCACAGAGGAAAACUGGUUACAGGUGUGCGGUAACGACGCGCACUCGGCACGCAUCUUCCACACGUACCUGCAGCACACGCACGCGGCGGCGAAGGGCCGGCCGCCGCCCCCGCCCUUGCCUGAACACCAAGCCUCGUCCUCCACACCUCCAGAGCUAAUGAGAAGAAGCGCGCGGCACGUGGCCACUGUUGCGGCCGUCGCCAAAAAUGCGGACCGACAUGCGCCCGCGCCGGUGUCCCGCGCCCGCCGCAUUCCUGCUACGUUCAUCACUGGAACACGCUUUUCC